AUGGAUACCAGCGAUCAUUUACAGACGGAUAAAGAAAGACAACGGAAAGCCAAACAAAGAUCUCGCACGGGAUGCAAAACUUGUCGCUCUCGAAAGGUCAAAUGUGACGAGUACCCCGGCGGUUGCAAAAAUUGUGAACGUCUGGAUCUUAUAUGUCCCAACUCCAACCCAUAUCUGGAUACAUCAAGAGCAGGAUCUGCCAGUGAUGAUGGCAACAACCUGGCGCCCACCUCGCGGACGCAAACAGGCAUAAGGAGGUCACGAACCUAUCGAUCCUGCGGGGCAUGUCGAGGGUCAAAGAGCCGCUGCUCCGGAGACCGGCCAAUAUGCGAACGUUGCCGCCAGCGUGGUAUGGAGUGCGUCUACGAGGGCAAGCAAGUGCCGGACUGGGUCGAAUUAUCGUCAAAGAUCAGGUCCAGGAAAAGGAGCGGUAGCUGUUCGCCUUCUGGAGGCAAUAGCCCACCCAGAUCACGCCAGAUCAGCCCUUCUCGUGUAGCGACGAAUAUUACCGAUUAUGAUGUUUCCGAUUUGAUAUCAUCGUCUAGCCAGGAGGAGAGCUUUAAUUUGGACUUGACAUGGCUGCUCGCUAUCAACUUGCCUGAUCGAAAGGCUCGCCUCAUAGCGCUGCUCGACGAAUACUUUGCCAACGUUCACAGCCUACGUUGUUUCGGUUUCGUUCACAGAGCGACUCUGGUGCAGCAGCUGGAUAGCAGACUUCAGCGCGGACUAUUGGAAGAUGUACUGUUACUUGCACUUUGUGCGCUUGGAGCCAAAUUCUUUGCUCUCAGACACGCCGGCGAUUCCAUGCUAGAGGCAGGGUUUGCUCUAAAAUCUGGCAGCCAAUGGGCCAAAAAGGCACAGACGCUACUGUUAGCCGAUCUUAACAUUGUUUCUGUCGAAAAAGGAAUGUCGGCGGUGUUGCUCUACGAGCACGAGAUCAGAGUCGGCAACUAUGCCUCUGCAUUGGUGCUAAGCGGUCUUGCUGUUCGAAUCUGCCAGUCCCUGGGUCUCAACUCGGAAAUGUCAAACGACUUGUCUUGUGAAUCUCCAAAAAUGUGUCCCUCGAUGCGAGAGUCCCGAAGGCGGCUCGCCUGGAGCGCUUGGGCUGUAGACGCCUUCUCAUUCGGAGAGGGUGACGGGAGUUCGCUUAUAGCUGACAGUGAAGUUCAGCUGCAGCUUCCGUGCAACGAGAGAAACUUUUAUCUGCAGAAACCGAGUAUCACUGAGGUCUUGCAGCCGUGGAAGAUACUUCCAUUUGCACCCCAAGGAGCUCAAGCUGAAGUUCCUGACCUGCCGGCGCAGUUCAUACGGCUCACGUACCUCCGCAAGCAGGUAUUAAAACACGUUCGACGACAGGAGCUAGCCCAAGAGACUGGCAUAUCACAGCACGGAGUUGAGACGGUGCUCGCGGCUCUGCAAACCUGGCACGAUAAUCUCCCGGUGACUCUCCAGUUCACCGAGACAGCACUCCGUAUGCGUAAGAAGACGAUGCAACUGGGAGGUUUGAUAUCCCUUCACGUGCUGUACCAUCGCACUGCCAGUGAGCUCUGCCGUGUCGAUGCAAUACCGGGAGAUCCAAUGCCCCGCGACAGGGAUACCAUACAGAGACUUGGAGCCCUGUGCGUGAAGCACGCCUCUGCGAUACCGCUGAUUCUCGAAGAGGCUUUACAUCAUGGCUACGAGGCCAUCGCGGACCCGUGCCUCGUAUCGGCAGCCCACGACUCCUCGCUAGUUCUGGCGCAUUACAACCAGGAGCAGGCUAGCUUCCCUAGCGGAGCUAUACACUUUGAGCGACCUCCCAGAGAACUGGUGCAGCUGAAUCUCAAGGCGCUGAAGGUUAUGAGGCUUUUGCACACCCCAGCGGCGGAACUUCAUUCUUCGGUUCAAGAGUUGAUGACUGACGCAAACCCCUCCAUGCUUGCCGCGACAAUGGGCACAAUAUCUGGCUCCUCGGGUAUGGGCGUCUCGGCACCCAUGAUGGGUUUCACAUCGCCUCCUUCGGGAUUGUCUUUGUCAACAUACACCGUACCGCCAACGACCAGGGGCGGUUUAUCUGCUGCCCCUCCAACAUACGACACACUGGCGCAGAGUACAACUGGAGAGGCGAACCGGUACUCAAGCUCUCAGAGCUCCUUGAACGCUAGUGUUUAUGGUCCACUUCCCGGUGAACAGAUGAGUGGCCACUUCCAGGGUCCUUCGCAGCAAAUCGGCGUGAACAGCAGUCGAGCUCCAGACAUGUUUGCCGCAACAGCGGGAGGAUUUAACUACCUGGGCUCUUUUUAUCCAGUCAUGUGCGAUGACACAAUGUCCAGUCAAGGCGCAAGCUUAUGAAGCAGGUAGAAAAUAUUACAAUGACGGGUUAGUUGUUGUUGUUGUUGUUGUUGUGGGUUGAUAGGGGUCGUGGAGAGCAAAGAUGCUG